UGUUCCUGAGCCUCUUCCAUAAAUGUCCCGAACUCUGCUCACUUUAUUUCACCUCCUUUUUCUUUAAAACUUUUGGACUCAUAAUGGGCUUCGGCCCAUUUUGUUUAUGGAAAUCUUAUUACCUUCCUUUUUCGAAAUAUUUUCGGAGAUAUGUCUUGAAUGCAGGAUUGGUUAAGGGCAUAAAUCCUUCUGCAAAUCCUUCUGCUCCAGGAUGGAAACCGCGGCUUACUAGGGAUUCGGUGUCCUUAUAAAUUGUAAUUUCACCUUCUCUUUAUCCUUCAUCAUUCUCUUUUCUUUUUGCAGGUAUGGAGUUCAACCUUCAAUGUUCAGAGUCUAUGCCAGACUUCUCUAGGGUCGGAAUGAUGGAUGAAGAUAUUCCAAAUGUGCCGAGUAGGCGGCCUUCUCCACCUCGCGACUUCUUCAGAUCCCAGAUCCGAGCUUCGUGCGCCAAGGACCUCCCAGUCAGAGACCAAGAAACAGCGAUGGCAUUCAAAAGGGCGCUUGCGAUUCAACACCAGAAGCUAUCGCUGGAAAGGAGGAAACUCAGAAAAAAUAUUAAUCGAAUGCAACGCAGGGUUACUACGAUAUCAAGAGAUCUUCACGUCCUCGGCUCUCACCCCGGAGAAUGGAUCGAGCUUGGAAUCUCCGAAUUUGCUCGUAUUCUGGACUGUAUGAUGCCGAUUCUCGAUCUCGCUGGUCAAGGAGUUCAAGUGUUCUGCUCAUCAAGAAGAUUUCCCUAAUUCAAAGUGUGUAAAGAUCGACACUUCGUUUUAUUUGCUUAAAUAAAUGUUUUGUUUCCAGCUUCUGUAUGUUCGCCUAGUCGAACUUUAUUCAUCUUGUCCGUUCGCAUAGUCGAACUCUUUUCUAAAAUAAAAACAAAUUUUAUUAGUAGCUGAACUCGUUUCCGAGCUGCCUACGUACCCAUUUCGGGAUCAAGCCACACCCUAGUUCAUGUACAUAAUAAAAAUGCGUGUCACUUAAACGUAAAACUUCUUUAGGUUGAUUACAUUCCAAGGUCGCUUGA